AUGACUUGGAAAAUUGCAACCCUCCUGUCCGCUGUUCUGUCGCUAGGCUCUAUCACCGCGGCACAGUCAAUUCAUAAGACUGACUACGAUGUUAUCAUCGUCGGCGGUGGCCCCGCGGGUCUUAGUGCCCUGAGUGGUGUCUCUCGCGUCCGAAGGACGGCUUUGCUGUUUGACAACCAAGAGUACCGCAAUGCCCCUACCCGGGCUAUGCAUGACGUGAUCGGCAAUGAUGGCACUCCACCGGCUGUCUUCCGUGGUGUGGCUCGUGAGCAGAUCUCUAAAUACCCCACGGCCCAUUUCAAGAACUCAACUGUGCUGUCAAUCGUUCCCUAUGGCAAUAGCUCCGUGUCUGCCUUUAACGUGACCGAUGAAACGGGAAUGUCUUACACGUCCCGCAAAAUUGUGCUUGGCACUGGUGUCAGUGACGUUCUCCCCAAUACCCCGGGCUUGGAGGAAAUCUGGGGCAAGGGACUCUUCUGGUGCCCUUGGUGCGAUGGUUAUGAGCACCGCGACCAGCCCUUUGGCGUUCUCGGAAAUCUUGUCGAUGUUCUCGGCAGUGUUCUGGAGACGAACACUCUGUUCUCCGAUAUCAUUGCUUUUGUGAAUGGAACAGACACCCCCGACAAUGAGGCUGCCGCUACCGCCAAAGUUGCCGACUGGAAAGACCAACUUGAUGCUUGGAACGUUCAGAUCGAUAACCGUACCAUCACUCACAUUGAGCGUCUCCAGGAUGGUGAGACUCAUCAAAACACCACCACUGACCAGCAGUUCGACAAGUUCCUCAUUCACUUUACCGAGGGAGAGCCAGUUGAGCGUGGUGCUUUGAUCAUCAAUGCGCCCACUGUUCAGCACUCCACUUUGCCCACUCAGAUGGGGUUGAACAUCACGGACCAGAAGAUCGAUGUUGUUACGGCUAGCAUGCGCACUAGUAUGGCAGGUGUCUGGGGUAUUGGUGAUGCUAACAGCGACGCCUCCACUAAUGUGCCCCAUGCCAUGUUCAGCGGGAAGAAGUCCGCUGUCUACCUGCACGUGGAGAUGUCCAGAGAAGACUCCAAGUCCAAGGUGUCCAAGCGAAGUGAUAUGUCUCACCGCGAGCUGACCGAGGAAGCCAUCCGCUCUAUUGGAACCAACCUUGAGCCCCAAUGGGAGCAGGUUCAGAAGCGUAAAUUUGUUUAA